AUGGAGGUUCCCGCAGGCUUCUUGGCCAAGCUAUGGAGCUUUCUCUCUUUUCUUCCCUUCUUCUUGUUGCUCUUCAUCCUUGGCCUUCUCAAAGCGGCACUUGUUGGACCAGCAGUAUUAGGCAUCAUAUUGAUCGGAAACUCGGCAGUUAUAAUGGGGCUAUGGACUGCACAUUUUGUCUGGACUUACUAUUGUGUGGCAAAAACCAAAAAGCUCGGGCCGGUUCUAAAGAGUGUGGUGCUAGUUUCAUUACCAGUGCCUCUGGUCCUUUGGCCAAUCUCUGGAAUUGUUGGAAGCCUUUUAGGCGGAGUAGCAUAUGGAUUUUUUGCGCCCCUUCUUGCAACUUUUGAGGCUGUUGGAGGGAAUGUCACCGACAAAUUCUACCACUGCUUUGUUGAUGGUUGUUGGUCCACGAUUAAAGGAGGCUGCACAGUAGUGCAGGAUUUCACAGACUUCUGCUUCCAUUCAUACUUCUCCUACAUGGAUGAAUUAAUUGAGACAGUGCUUCCGGAUGAAAGGCCAAUGGACAUAAAAUUAUCAAAAUUUCCAGGUUGUUUGCUGGCAAGCCUGAUUGGUUUGCCAGUAGAUGUGCUUUUAAUAACCGCUGUUGCUCUGUGGAAAAGCCCUUACAUGCUCUUCAAGGGCUGGAAGAGGCUGUUGGAAGACUUGAUAGGCAGAGAAGGACCCUUUUUGGAGAUGGUAUGUGUUCCGUUUGCUGGUCUUGCUAUCAUCUUAUGGCCUUUGGCAGUUGUGGGAGGCGUGAUAGGUGCUAUUGUCUCCAGCUUCUUUCUGGGACUCUACAGCGGAGUUAUUGUCUAUCAGGAAGGCUCACUCCUGAUGGGACUUGCAUAUAUUGUGUCUGUGGUUUCGCUGUUCGAUGAAUAUGCAAAUGAUUUACUCUACUUGAGGGAGGGAUCCUGCCUUCCACGGCCUGAAUACCGAAGAAACAUGAGCCCCAGUACUGAGAGAAAAAAGCUAGGCGAGAAUCAUAAUACUGACUCAAAGAAUGGGAGGGAGAACUCAUACAGGUCAAAACUAAUCACAGAAAAAUCAAGAACAUUGAAAUGGGAAAUUCAGCAAUAUAAACCUAUGCAGGUAUGGGACUGGCUUUUUAAAUCUUGCGAGGUGAAUGGUCGAAUUCUCCUCCAUGAUGGUCUGAUAACUCUCGAGGACAUCGAGGAAUGCAUGCUGCAGGGUAAUUGUAAGAAGUUGGGCAUUCAAUUACCUGCUUGGUCUAUAUUGCAGUGCCUGCUUGCAUCAGGAAAGUCCAACUCAUCUGGGUUGGUGAUCUCUGAUCAUGAUGUGGAAUUGACGAGGAUGAACGGGCCAAGGGAUAAAGUGUUCGAGUGGUUCGUUGGACCCCUAUUAGUCAUAAAAGAGCAAUUAAAGAGACUCCAUUUAGAUGAAAGUGAGGAAAACUGCCUGAGAGAGCUUUUUAUUAGAUGCAGAAACGAAAAGCCCGAGGAGUGGGAUGGCACUGAAUUUGCUUCGAGUGACAGAGUUAGAAGGGCACAGUUGCAAUCCAUAAUUAGAAGACUACAGGGAAUUGUAGCUUCAAUGUCCCGGAUACCAACUUUCCGACGUCGCUUUAGGAAUUUGGUGAAGUUGCUUUACAUAGAAAAACUUCAGUCUAGUGCUUCAGCUAAUCAUAUGCGGGAAAUCUUAAAAGACAGCAGGAGCUGCAUUCAAAGUGAAGACGAGAAAGGUUCAGAUUAUACUCUAAACAAAGAACAUAGGACCUAUGACAAUGGAAAUGUAGUAUAA